CUUUACGGCAUUAUGUGAACUACAAUUGCGCAGUCGCAGUUUGCUGACCUUCCAUGGUUCUGCAAGCAUGGCUGUCCGGGCACUUACGAGAGGCCUUUUAGGGUUCCGAUACUCACGGGCUGCCACUGUAGCAUCCCCCUGUGGUGGACAUCACUAUGUGACAGCACCGUCUGCGAAGCCACCUCAACCCCAGGCUGACGAUGUUACAGAAAAAAUAUUAAACCAGCCCCUCGAGAAAGCAGACUUUUUUCGUGUGGCUGAGCUUUUCUCCUUGAAAGACUUAUUCGACGCCAGAGUGCAUCUUGGUCACAAAAAGGGUUGCAGGCACAGGCUCAUGGAGCCGUAUCUCUACGGCUGUCGUUUGGAUCAUGACAUUAUUGAUCUGGACCAGACUAUGGAGCACCUUCAGCUAGCCCUCAACUUCACCGCCCACAUAGCGUAUCGUGGCGGCAUCAUCCUGUUUGUCAGCAGGCGGCGUCAGUUUGGCCAUCUGGUAGAGACCACCGCCAAAGAUUGUGGAGAGUAUGCGCACACGCGGUACUGGCAGGGCGGCCUCCUCACCAACGCCAACAUCCAGUACGGCCCAGGAGUCCGCCUACCGGAUCUCAUCGUAUUCCUUUCAACUCUCAACAACGUCUUUCAGCAGCACGUGGGCAUCAGAGACGCAGCCAAGAUGAACAUUCCCACAGUGGGUGUGGUGGACUCAAACUGCAACCCCAGCCUGGUGACGUACCCCGUGCCCGGGAACGACGACACUCCAGCUGCCGUCGAGCUCUAUUGUCGUUUGUUUAAGAUGACCAUCAACCGUGCCAAAGACAGAAGGAAACAGAUGGAGCUCAUUCAUGGUCUGUCAGCGCCCACCUUGCAGAUCUCAUGAUAUGCUCUUAAAUUUAAAAAAACAAAAAAAACAAGAGAUGUUGAAAAGCCUACAUUCUUUAAUCUGAAGCUCAUCAACUGUGUAGUGUAUCCUGUUUUAUGUUGAUACACUACAAUUUUGAAAUAAAUUUUGGCUUCCUCCUUCCAUUACACAUCUGCACUUGGAAAACAUCUGGUUUAACGGUCAGUAAAAUAUGGCUCAAAGUUCACAUUGGAGCAAAUUUAUGUGAAUAUCACAGCUGUAAAUCGCUGAAAUAAAAUAGUGGUGAUCCAUUGUUGAAAUCCUGGCGUGGGAGAGUGAUGAUUAUUUGCAGUUGCAGACUGAAAGAAAAGUGUCUUGAGUCAUUGUCACAACUGUAUUUGCUCUGUUGCGGUCUAUGUAAGUGUUUAGGCCAUGAAAUAUGUUUCUGUAAACAAAAAUACCUCUGCAGUUUCUGAAAGUGUACACUGAAGUAAUGCCUGUUCAUCUAGUUAGGAAUGAAACGAGCAGGAUUAAUACAUAUAUACAUACACUGGAGGGAUGCAGCAUCAUUUAAAGAAAAAUGUAUAUAUAUAAAUAUUGAAUGAAAUGAUCUGAAGCCUUGAGUCUUUAAUGUGUAGCUCAUCAGCUGUAUGGUGUAUCCUAUUUCAUGUGAUGUUUGCGGUUUGCGGCAGUUGGUUAAGUUUAGUUUCUCCCAGCUUCCGUAGUUGUAUCCUGUAGCGACCUUCUAUGGCCACGAGGUGGAUAAGUAGCUGUCACGUCAAAACGGUGAGUGGGUGUAUGUGAGUGGGAAGAAGUUUAUUAGCUUGCAUUUUAUGAUGUACUACCACAACGGUCGACGUGUUCCUGCAUAUACAGUCGUAUUUCAGUUGUUCGGUUGUUUUUAACCGCGGUCCGCAACAGGCAGUUUCAGGCUGACGCUCGCGAGCGCCGACAUGUUUAACAAACAUGCAGACUGACUGUUGGAGACGUCAAGAGCAAUCACAAUAGCAAAGCUUAUUUCAUUUCAAAGCCUUAUUAUUUAUAUCAUUACUGCUGUUUAAAGUCAGUUAUUUUUCUCGCACUCUGUGAAAUACAAAUCUUACACUCUAAUACAACUUGCAGCCUUUAUCCCAAAUGCAUUCCACAUUAUUACUUUAAAGCUUAAUUCCCAUCGUUUGAUUCUGCUAAGUAAGCAUUAUUUUGUUUGUUGAAGUAAGAUUUUUAAGCUAAUCGGGGUAAAAUAAAAUGAUCUUGAAGUCAAAGUGUCUGAGAUUCAAACUCAUACGAUAUGUAGGGCUCGUUCUUUUGCAGCUGAUGGCGGGCUUGUCGGCCUCACAAUUCUUGUGAAACUGUAACUAAAUGUAUGGGCAACAGUAACAUAUUAAACACGUUACUGUUUAAAUAAACAAUUUAAAUAAGUUCUGCUUUUUUGUGUGUAAGUUCUUCCAGUCAACAAUUUGAAGGCGAGGCAAAUGUUCACAUGAGUCUUAAUAAGAGUAACGAAAACGUUAAGGCCACAGACAGAGGGGACUGGUCAGGGUAAGUGUUUUUUUUUUUAUCAGGUUAGCAUGAUGGAGAAGAGUGGUAGGAGAUAGGGAUUUUAACACUAGCCCAGGCUUGUAAUCUUCCUGUACAGUAACGGUAAGUGACAAACAUUUGUUAGUCAAGGAAGUUAUGAAAUGAACUAAAAAUUAAUAAAUAAAUACUCACCAAAAAUGUUUCAGCUAAUUGUCAUUUGAACGAAUGACUUAUUUCUUAUUUGCAGAUGUACUGUCCAGCUCUUGGAAAACAGAUUUUAGUGAACCAACGAAAAACUUCCAUUGAUAAAUAUGAGGAGAGAAGAGGUGCCAUUGCUUUACCUCCAUGCAGAUGAAGGCAGUUGAGCUGAAGUGAAGGCCGUUCACAGAAUGAUGUCAAGGUUUGCACUUUAAUGGUUCAGACACGCUUGUGGAGCAGCAGCGGCUUGGCUUCAGGAAGGUGACUACCCAGUGUGCCUCAGGGUUGGAAACAAUGUUAUUUCCAGGAGCUUUAACGAUUCACGAUUCACUCACCACCUGACUCCUCCAUUCAGCUUGCUCUCUCUUCAUUUUUUGAUUUCCUGUUCGAGUAUUUCAUCCGCCUUACUUCCAUUACUUUGUUUUUCUUUUGCUUAACCGUUGAAGACAUUGUUUUUUCAGUUGUAUUUUUCAUUUUCAUUACGUGCAUAUGAAGCGUAAUGUCCUCGUUGCGCGUAAUCACAUAUGAAAGAUUACUUUGCCAAUUGCAUUUGCGGUGAGUGCUAUAUCAGCUUUUAUCACAAUCAAAUCACUCUGAUGAUCUUAUGAUAAAGGCCAGUGUUUGUGUGUGUCGAUCCAUUCCCUAGGAAAUGAUGAUUUCCUUUCCUGUUUGCUCACAUGUACAAACUGAAAAUAUGUAAUGGAAGCUUUUACUUGACUACUUAGCUGGUGUAGAAUUUGACAUGCAUGAAACAGAAAAUGUAAUAAAAUAAAUUGACAUAAAAUAAAAUUAUUUUCCUG